UGUUUAACUUCCUUCAAAUUUUAUUGAUUAAUCUGUCAGAGAAAUAGUGAUAAGCUGAUGAGGGAGUAUUCGUAGUUAAACAAAAUUAUUUAAAUUUCAAUGUAUUUGUAAAAAUAUAGUUAUAAGUAUCAAAAACACACAAGUUAUCAUGUCUGCUGCUGGGACACCCUCCACUGACCCAUGGGUGAUUUUAGCCCGAGAAAGGACUAGAUAUGAGGAACAGUUCAGAUCUUUAAAACCCAACAAUGGAAUUAUUACCGGGGAUCAAGCGAAGUCCUUUUUGCUUCAGUCACAAUUACCACCUAUUAUUUUGGGGCAGAUCUGGGCACUUGCAGACACCGAUGCAGAUGGCAAAAUGAACAUCGAUGAAUUUUCCAUAGCCUGUAAGCUUAUUAAUCUAAAAUUAAGAGGAUAUGAGGUCCCUAAGGGCCUCCCUCCUUCCCUUCUUGCUUCUCUUAAAGUUAAUACUCCACCUGCGAUCCCUCCCUUGCCAAAUACUGCACUCGUUAACCCUCCAUCUAGACCAGAGCCUCCCAAAAUUGCACCAAUGAUGUCAACACAACCUUUAAGUCAACCCUUAACAUCGACACAACCGCCUUUACUGCCCGGAUUAAUUGGACAACCUCCAAGUAAUAUUACACCAAAUACUGCAUCCAUGGGAAUGGUUCAAACUGGUAUAGUUCCACCUACUAAGGGUAAUUUUACAAAUAUACCAAAUGCUCCCAACAUUCCAACAGGAAUUAUUCCACCGAUGCAAUCCACAGUACCUCUAGUUCAGCCUCUCAUAGACGCUGCACCAUCAAUGGCUUCCACUGCCCCAUUAGUUUCUGGAAUCCCGCUCUCUUCUUCCACAAUUCAACCGGUAAUGUCGAGUGCUCCGUUAGUAUCAGGCGUACCUUUAACUGCUUCUUCAAUUGCCCCAACCAUUCCACCUAUCAGCUCGGUACUGCCGCCUAAUCUAUCUGGUGGGCCAGGAAUCCCGCCACCCAUACCAAAUAUACCAUCAGUACCUGUAAACACAGUUGCACCUUUGCCCGCCCCAGGUAUGUCUCCUAUUACUAGUCAGCCUGUCGGAGUUGUGGGCAGACCAGGAGCUACCAGCACUCCUAGAGCUAGUAUAACGAGUUUGGAGAGAACGCAUUCAAUUGAUUCAACUUCAAGUCAACCGGAGUGGUCUGUUCCACAUCAAACCAAGUUGAAAUAUACACAAAUAUUUAACACAACCGACAGGACGCGUACAGGAUUUUUGUCAGGAGCACAAGCUAGGAACGUCAUGGUACAAACAAAAUUACCGCAGAAUAUUUUGGCUCUAAUUUGGGCCUUAUCGGAUAUGGACGCUGAUGGCCGUUUAGGAUGUGAAGAAUUCGUCUUGGCAAUGCACUUAUGCGAACAGGCAUCGUUAGGACAUGCACCGCCUUCGAGAUUACCACCGGACCUUAUACCUCCUUCCUUUAGAAGAACUAGAACAACAUCAAUUUCUAGUCAAGGAAGCGCUCCAAUAGAUCAAGAUCCAGCUUCCACUUUAUUACAAAAUUCAUUUGAAGACAAACGAAAAGAAAACUUUGAAAAGGGACAGGCGGAACUAGAACGUAGAAGAAAAACAUUGUUAGAUCAACAACGACAAGAAAGGGAGGAGCGCGAAAGGAAAGAAAGAGAGGAGCAAGAAAAGAAAGAAAAAGCCAGACAAGAAGCCGAAAGAAAACGAUUAGAUGAACUAGAAAAACAAAUGAGAGACCAGCAAGAGAAAGAGAGAUUGAUUGAAGAAGAAAAGAAAAGGCAGGCCGAUCAGAGGGAAGCAGCGAGGAAAGAAAUGGAAAGGCAAAGGCAAUUAGAAUGGGAAAAGCAGAGGUUGCAGGAGUUGCACAAUCAACGGCAAAGAGAACAAGAGACUGUUUUAAAACUAAAAGCUAGAAACCAAAGCCUUACCAUUGAACUUACCACCCUUAAUGAUCAGGUGAAAGAAUUAUCCCAAAAAAUAUGUGAUACGCGGAUGGGAGUUUCGAGUGUUAAAACAACAAUCGACGGAAUGCGUUCGACCAGAGAUUCCCAGAUGCAGGAAAUGUCGCAAUUGAAAAAUAAGUUGAAAGAACAAAAUGCUAAGCUAUUGGCCUUAUCGCAGGAGAAGAUUAAACUUGAUGCCAAGAAUAAAGCCAACACUCAGGAUACAGAACAAGCAAGGUUGGCAUUUGAAAAUAAGGAAGUUACUAUUAAGAAUCUCAAAACCAAGGUAGACGAUAUGCAAGUAGAAAUAGAUAGCAAAAUGGCGGACAUCGAAAAUAACAAUACUCAAUUAAAAGACCUUCAAACCGAACUUAAAAACCUAGUAAAUGAAUGCGAACAGCUCUAUUCUGUAUACGAAGUAAAAAGAAACACCAUUUUGGAUAUGAAAAAUUCUGGUAAACCUAACGAAAUGAACGCGUGGCAAAGUACUGAUGCUUGGGGAUCAAACGACAAUGAAACCAGCUCUGACUGGCCCGUUGAUAAUUGGGCUGCCUCUACGGAUGUAUCGACUUUACCUGGUCUCGUCAAAUACAGAGCAUUGUACGAAUUUGUUGCAAGAAAUAAUGAUGAAAUAUCCUUCCAACCCGGCGAUAUAAUCAAUGUACCCAAAGAACAAACUGGAGAACCUGGAUGGCUCGCCGGCGAAAUACGUGGUCAUACUGGUUGGUUUCCCGAAGCGUAUGUGGAACCUGUUGAUGGCGUAGGUGUAAGGGAUGAUUCUGCAUUUAGUCAAACAACUACUAGCAUUGAAGAGACUGAAGCAACACGAUUAGAGGGUAUUGCAGAAGUUCCCGAAGGAUCCGAAACGACAAAUUCAUUUGAACCAACCCCGGUACACGUACCAUCUGAAGUUGAACAACCAGUAGCUCUAGUUGAACCUGAAGUAGAACCAGAAUAUUAUAUAGCUAAUUAUCCAUAUCAAUCUGUGGAACCUGGUGACUUGACGUUUAAUGCUGGAGAAGUCAUAGGAGUUAUCAAGAAGGAAGGCGACUGGUGGACAGGAAAAUUAGGAAAUUUAGUUGGAAUUUUCCCAAGUAAUUAUGUACAGAAAGUUGAUGUGAACUCUUCCGCUAACACCAUUAACGCCGCUCCUGUAGCAGCACCGCCUGAGCCUACUCAGGAACCAGCUCUCCCCCCAAUGCCCCCAAUGGAACUGUCAACAGGUGUAUCAGCAGAAGCCGUAGAGUCCGCCCUGGCCAACGUUUCUGCGCAGUCGCAGGCCGAUAACGAGGUGUCCCAGAUAUCGUUAAAUAAAGCUAAAGAAGAAGCUUAUGCGCAAGCUGGUCAGGUCGUUAAAACGAAAAAACCCGAAAUCGCGUCCGUAAUAGCACCGUACCAGUCAACAAGUCCAGAACAGUUAUCCUUAGCCAGAGGACAAUUAAUAAUGAUUCGUAAGAAAACCGAUUCCGGCUGGUGGGAAGGUGAAUUGCAAGCGAAAGGUAGAAAAAGACAAGUGGGAUGGUUCCCGGCCAGUUACGUUAAAGUUUUAAACAGUUCAGGUAGAAUUAGUGGUAGAACCACUCCUGUAUCUACUACUCGAAUGCAACAAGAAGUUAUUAUUGAUAAGGUGAUAGCACUAUAUCCAUAUUCGGCAGGAAAUCCGGAUGAAUUAACAUUUGCAAAAGAUGAUAUCAUUAGUGUAACUGCUAGAGAAGAAGAAGCGUGGUGGAGGGGUGAAUUAAACGGAGUUUCAGGACUUUUCCCCAGUAACUACGUCUCACCGUUGCAGCAAUCACCACCACUGACUCCCCAAAAUAAAAAACGCAAGGAAAGCAUUAACGAGUUCGUACAAACCGAAAAGAGUUACGUCCAUGACAUGUCGGUGGUACACGAAGUGUUCGAAGAACCCUUAAGGAAGUGCAAACUGAUUUCAGCCAAAGAAAUUGACGAAAUAUUCGUCAACUGGCAAGAUAUAAUAUUCUGUAAUAAAUUAUUUCUUAAGGAUUUAUUGAAUGCGAAUAAGACUGGAAGCGAUAUGAUCGGCCAUAUUAUAUGUAAACACUUGCCCGAAAUGAAAGCCUAUGUUACGUUCUGUGGCAAACAAUUAGACAGCGCUGCUCUCUUACAAAAAUUAACGGAAAAUUCUACUGCCUUUAGAGAUUUAGUGAAAAAAUGUCAAAAUAAUGUCGCUACGAAAGGAAUGCCUUUAUCGUCGUUUUUAAUCAAACCUAUGCAGCGGAUUACUAGAUAUCCGUUGUUGAUUAAUAAAAUUCUAGAAAAUACGCCCGAUGAUCAUCCCGAUUAUAAGAAUCUCCAGGAGGCAUUAAUUCUAGCCGAAAGCUUUCUAAAUUCUAUCAACGAAAACGUUAGACUGAAAGAAAACCAAGAUCGAUUAAAUUGGUUACAACAAUGUGUUCAAAAUGAUCUAAAUAUUGUGUUCAAUAGCGAAACAAAUAAAUUGGGUCCACGUCAAUUAUUGCAUUACGGCAUCUUCAAUAAAUUAAAAAGCAAUAAAGAACUGUUAGGAUUCCUAUUUAACGAUUUCUUUAUGUUUGUUCAAGCUACUAAAAGUAUAGGAGUGCAGUUUACAUUUCAGAUUAAUGAAAACGUAUCGUAUAAACUGUAUAAACAGCCUAUUCUAAUUCAAAACUUGAUGGUCAGUAGAGACAGUUCGGACAAUAUAGAAAGUGGAACGGAUUCCAAUAGAGUUCUCAAUAUUCAGGACGACAAGAAUACCUACAAAAUAGCUCUCUUAGUUCACACUGUCAGCGAGUGUGGCUUGUGGAUGAAAAGAAUAGAAAGUGCGAAAGAAAUGUGUUCGAAAAUGUUUACUUUAAGCUUACAAAAUAAAAGAAAAACUCUUCCCCAUUUUCGAAAUUCGUUGAUUAUAAGGAAAAUCGAAGGCAAAGAAAUAGUUGUUAAAAAAGUAAACGAACAACGAGGUAGUUUAAAUCGCAAGAAAGGAAAACACCACACAGAAAAUAUCUACUGCAAAGUUGCUCUAGGUACACAAGAACAAGAAACUGAUGUUGCUAGAGAAACCUACAAUAAUGGCAAUUCAGUUCAAAAUGGCUUGCCCCACACACCCUCGCUCGUUUGGAAUUAUAGUAUGCAGUUUCAGUUACGAAACUUAAACCAAGAAAGUCUUAUUGUUACCGUUUACAAACAGAACCAUUUUAGUCCAGAUGAUUUUCUUGGACGAGCUGAAUUAAGAAUAAAGGAGAUUUUGAGGGAUUCCCAAAAUCACAAUGGCCCUAUUACCAAAAAGCUCAUUCUGCACCAAGUUGAAUCUGGAGAGAUAACAGUGAAACUAGAUUUACAUUUAUUUGAUAACUAUUAGUCUUACUAAUUGCCCUUUUGUUAUAUAACUGUUAGUUGCUGAAUAUAUUACAAAACACUUAAGUAUUACAUUAUAGAGGCUUUUUUGUAGCUAAAACUGCAUUAUCUGACUAAACUUGAUAGUGGUUUUGUGUACAAUCGAGCGUGACAUUUUGUUCUUAUUUAUUUUGCUUUUAAUUUGUUCAGUAGAUUUGGGCUGUUUUUUAAUUCGGCGUCGAAUCGGCCCAAUAAUGCGGCAACGCAAAGCUCUGUGACUGUUUUGUCCUUUUCCAGGAAGUUGAUAUAGGUCAUGCCUUGUGAAUCCCAGAAAAUGGUGGCCAUCACCUUUCCUGCAGGUUUGACAGUCCUCGCCCUCUUAGAAGCACGUUCGAUGGGUGAAAUCCAUUGUAUCGACUGUUCCUAGGCCUCUGGUGGAGACCAAUGGGACCAUGUUUCGUUGACGAGUAUGAAACAACGUAGAAUCUCCUUUGGACUACGCUUAAAGAGCCUCAGACACUGCUCUGAAGUGGUAUCAGAGUUGUGCUUAUUGUCCGGAGUGAGAAUUUCAUGUAGAGUAUAUCCCACGCAAUGUUUUGAGAUGUUUUCGUCUGUCAAUACGAGAUCGUGGAUUUCUUUCACGUUCUCCUCAGUGGUAGUCGUUUUCGGGGCACCUGGGCGUGACUUAUCAAAUACAGCAUCCAAGCGCUCUUUGAUUUCGCUGCGGUCUUUCCCUUCCAAAAACAGAAGUCGGGUCAGCCACCGAUAUUGCUAUUUUUUCAUUUUUCUAAAAUCACUAGACACGCCCGGUUAAACACGCGGUCAAAACAAAACUACUAUUCGCGGUGUGCAAGUACUUGGAAAGGAUACGUGAAACGAUCGUGCGCGAACAGCGGAGAAAUAUUGCAACUUUCUUAAAUAAUUCAUAUUGUCAAUUGAAAUUGUCAAAUUGACGUAGGUACAUUUCAUAUCUACUGUCAUUGAAGAAGAAAAAUUAUAUGUUGCUCCACAAUAUUGAUAUGAUAUGCAAGUAUUAUAUAAAGGUAAAUUUAAUUAAUUGUAUUUUGCUUGCAGUACUGCAUUUUAAUAACUAAUUUUAUUUACUACAUACAAUGGACAUCCUAAGUCUUGACGUCACAAAAUUGGGAGGAGCUUAUAUUUGGCUCCAAACAAUUUUGUUUAUAAUGUUAAACACUCAUAAGGAAUUUUUAAUUUAUUGUUUACGUGGUAUUUCAUUUAGGUAUUUAGUUAAAGAAACGUGCCAAUUAAGAGAUUUUUAUUCGUUUUGGCCCAGGUGAGUUAAUUUAAUGCAAUGAUUAGAACGUAAACAGUGUUGAGGUUAUGUUUAUUUUUAAUCACUAAGGAAUAAAAACCACCUGAGCAAAAACGAAUAAAAAUCUCUUAAUGAACACGUUUCUUUAACGAAAUACGUAAAUGAAGUCUUAUUUUGCCACACAAAGCACAUAAAUGAAAAAUUCCUUAUGACCAUUUAACGUUACAAUCAAAAUUGUUUGGAGCCAAUAUAAGCUCCUCCCAAUUUUGUGACAUUUGUGACGUCAGACUUAGGCUGUCCAUUGUUUACGUUUUAAUAACAUAACCUGAAUCUUAUUUUUUCUUCUUAUUAUUUUUUUGGCCCAUGGCCUUGACAAUUAUCCAGUAACCAGGACUAAUAUAAUUGGCAAAUAUAAUUAAAAGUGCGAAUAAAGUUGCAGAGCGUAGAAAUAGGUGUCGCUUUGCCGAACUUGCACGGUCCCAAUAGCGUAUUUCAAACAUGCUAUUCAGUGUAUUCUCCUUUUCAUGACCAUUUUUCAGUGCGUCACAAAUUAUAGAUAAAAAGGUAAGUCCGUGAUAAGACACAUUUAUGACAUUUAUUCUAACAUGACAUUUUAGUUAAAUCUGACAGUUGUCACAUUUUAUUUUCAAUUUGGAAUAAAAACAAAUCAAUUGUGUCUAUUGCAUUUAUAAAAUGGUAUUUUCUUUGAUUUGUAUAGUCUUAUAAAUUGUACAGAUUAUGUGUGAGUGUGUGUGUGUGUGUGUGUGUGUGUGUGUGAUGAGAGUGGAUGGCAUUAGAGCAUGUCUAUUUGCCACAGAAUUUAUGUACAGAUUAUAUUGAUAAUAUUAUUAUUUUAUUUAAUAAAUAAUUCUUUUUUGAUUAUGGCGCCAUCUAUCGACAACUAGAAUAACUAGAAGAAAUGUUAUAAAUGUCUGUAAUCACCGACGUGCCUUUUUUUCGGUCACAUACAAUUUAAUGCGUUAGAGAGAAAUCGAAAAACUGUUACGCACUGAAAAAUGGUCAUGAAAAGGACUAUACAAAGAUAGCCCCAUGCGACCUAAAUGAGAAUUUUCUGACAAUGUUGCCGCUCUUCACGACAGAGGCCGUGAAAGGUAGUAUUAAACAGGUACUUGUAGAGGAUUAUCGCUGUUAACUGUUGUAGGAUACUAAAGGAGAAUUUAUUUAUGAUAAUUCACAGAAUGGCAAACCCGCUUGCAAUAUACAACCAUACUGAUUCUAACGUUUAAAACGGAGAAUAGUCCGAUUCGGCUGAUAUUUUGACAUAAGGCCGUUUACAAUCAUGUUUUACACGAUAGUAGGUUUAACAUGCGAUAAUGGCGCCAUCGGGCAGAGGCUAACUACUUAUAGGACCAUCCAAGUAUUUUGAAUCAUAUCACAGAAAUAAUUUUUAUCGUUUUACAAAAUUAUAAUUUUACAAAAUAAACUGCAUUUUAUUGUGAAACCAUUAUCAUUUUAGGGAUAAUACUACGCAGCUGAUUUCUUUAUUUUUUCCAUCAUUGUUAUUAGUAUUAUGAAAACAUGUUAUAUAAUGAGUGGACACUUUAUUUAAUAUAUCUGUUACAGUUCAAGCUAGUGCUUAGUUAAAGUUGACUAUUCCUAGUUAGAGUCAACUCAAACUAAAACGAGCAGUAAGAGUUGAUUUAAAAAAUUAAAUUCAACUUUUACUAGUUGAAGUAGACUCUUUUUAACCCUUGUUAGUGAAAGAAGAUCCCGGGAGAAACAUAAUCAACUCUUACUAUUAGCACAGUAUAAAGAGGGACAGUAAAACCUAUUCUAUGUCGGCACUUUGAUCUCAAGCAGUAAUACCGGCAGUACGCAGUUGGUAAUUCACCAGUGGUGGAUGGGGGUUUUUCCUGUUAAAACCCGUACGUUUCUACGCGACUAGCAAUGCAAGAGUGGUGGUUAGCGACUGGGAAAAUUGCGCGGUCGCCAUGCGCGUUGAAAGAUUUUACUUCCAAUUUUUCGGAGAGUAGUUCUACUGUCGCCCUUUAUACCGUGCUAUUAGUUUGAAUUGACUAUUCCUAAAUCUAUUUAGUAAAUGUAGAAUCGAACUUGCUUUUUUGGUGUGUUUUUGAAUCAACUCUUACUAAAUGGAAUUGGGAAGAGUAUACUUUUCCUAGUUAGAAUCUACUCUUACUAGAAAAUGUUGAAUAAAAAUCUUCAUUUUAUACUUAAAAUCAACUUUUACUAAAACCAGCCGUUUGAGUUGACUCGAACUCGGAAUAGUCAACUCCAACUGGAUAAUUAACUUGAACUGUAACAUAUAAACACUUUGCACUUGCUGUUAUACAAACUAGGUUACUUUUAUUACAUAAGUUAGCUUAAAAUUUUUAAACCAAUUGAUUGCUGACCUGACAUUCCUGCUUUAUGUCCAUGUUUAAUAUGAAAACCUUUAAUAUGAAAACCUGCUUUAUAUACAUAUUUUUAGAGAAUAAAGUUAUAACCGUGACACUAUAAUGAUUAUACACUAUCAAUAUUUUCAAUUUUGCUCUCUAAAGUCUUGCCCUUGUACCAUUUUUAGAGUAAUAGUUACUAAUAAAUAAUACAAAGUAACCCACUCUCUACAUACUUUUUAUGUUACACUUAGUUCUACAGUCAUAACGUAAUAUACUUACGUACUUUUAUUAAGAGGAAACAGUAGCGAUGAACAGGUAACGAAAACGCGUUCCAAGAUUGCGGCUGUAAUUUUGAAUAUU